AUGAAGCGCAUCACAAUUCUUCUGUUCGUACAGACAGUAUUCAGUCUUGCUAUCACAUCAGCACCGACACUUAACAAACUUAUUCGGGUCACCGCCACAUCGCCUCUGUCACCAGUUCAGCAUGUCACUUGGUCCACAUUGACGCCCAGUGUCACUGAAAUUCAGCUACCAAUCAUCCCUUCAGCUGUCAUUACGCUGGCACCGUUGGUAGGAAAUCCACUUGAACGGCGCCAACGAUGUUGGGAUGAUCGUGGGUUUAGUGUAGACUGCGCCACAUGGACAGGCUACUAUUAUACUUGGGGUCCGCCUGGAAAUCCAUAUGAAGGUGGUCCUGGGGAAGGCGGUGGUGGUUCUGGCGGCAAUGGCGAAGGAAGUGUGGUGGUAUCUCAGAGCGACACUGGAAGGGUGCAUUUGACGGCCUGGUCUCUCAUUCUUGACUCAAAUAUUGGAUUCGAUCUCAACUAUUUGAUUCUCGAAGAUCUCCAUCAGAAGCACAAUGAAGUCAGACCACCGCUCAAGAAAGGGGCGGCGACAAGAUAG